AUGGGGUCUCAAAAUUUUCUAUGGAACUUGGCUAAGAGGUAUUUCACUGUUGGGCUCGUGACCUUGACCAUUUCAGAUCGGUAUGCGAGUAUGGGCCAUGUUCGGGGUCUUUCUAUGUCACCCACAUUUAAUCCAAGAAGCACUAGUUCUAUGGGAUCUUUUUCUGAUGACUAUGUUCUGGUGGAGAAAUUUUGCCUUGAAAAGUAUAAGUUUUCACAUGGUGAUGUGGUAGUUUCCUGCUCCCCAACUAAUUACAAGGAGAAACACACAAAAAGAAUAAUUGCCCUGCCUGGUGACUGGAUCAAAAUCCCUAAUUCAUAUGAUGCACUGAAGAUUCCAGAGGGGCACUGUUGGGUAGAGGGAGAUAAUUCAGCUUCUAGCAUGGAUUCAAGAUCUUUUGGUCCAAUUCCUUUGGGUUUAAUUCGUGGAAAGGUCACUCGUAUUCUGUGGCCUCCUGGGAGAGUAGGUGUUGUUGAGAGAAGAAUAUCUCAAGACGGGCUCUCUUCCUACUGA